AUGGGAUUGUGGUCAUCUGAUGAAGAAGAUGUGGAGAAGGACUUGAGAAACUCUCGAAUCAAAAGUUCAAAUGAGAAUAAUAGGCGGGUAACUGCCAAUGUUGAAAACCAUGAAAGUGACUUGAAAGCCCAACGGCACCGAUAUCAACAAGAGCUACACGAGAAGAAACUUGAGGAAAUCGAGGGUAUAAAUGAAGCAACAAGAGAACAGUUAAAAGAAGUGGGAAUGGAAGCUUUCCAGAAAAAGAGGGCACUCGCAGAAGAGGCGGAUAGAUUCCGAUGUCUAAAACUAGCUGAGCAGGAGGAAGAGUUGGAACAUAUCAAAAUGGAAAACGCGCUGAAAAAAGAAGAAGAGAAAAAACGGACCAAAAAAGUUGUGAAGGAACAAGAGUUGACUGAAAGCGAAAUUGACAAAGUCAACAAAAGACAUAUGGAUGAGAAGAUCAACGAAACCCAGAAGACCGAAAAUCUUCGUGAGCGCCUUCGAGAUGAGCAGAAAGAGUUAAGCUCGAAAAUUUCCAAAGAAUUUCAUGAAACCGAAACACGAUCGCUGGAAACACGUCUGCAAAUGGAAAAGGAAGUUUUCGACAAAGAAGAAGAAAACUAUCAAAUGGUUUUGAAAGGAAAAAUUGAAAUCAGCAAAGACAUUGUUGAACGUCAGAGACAACUGCUUAAUGUCAAGAUUCUCAAUUCUUCAAACGACGCUAUAAGAAAUGUAAACGCCACAGUUUCCACUUUGAAAACCUCUGCAAAUGCAAUGGACGAAGCAUUCCAAGAAAUUUCAACCAACCUUUCGAAAGAAAUGGAUUCGGAUGAACGAGAGGCAAUGAAACCUAGAUUGAAACUUCUUUCAAGUCAGUUGACAAAUAUUGUCAAAGAUUCAGAUGAUUUAGAAAGAAAGACUACCAAAAUAUCAGUGCGAAAUGAUAGAGUAACAAUGGUGGGCCAAAUCAUUGCAGUAAAAAAGACGAUUACUGAAGCGAAAAAUUGCAUUUCGGACGUGUCAAGAGAGUUGAACGCUAAAAAUCGCGAGUUCAACAUGAAACUACAGAAAAAAAUUCAAAAAAAGAUGAACGCAGUCAUCGAAGCUAUCAACAAUAUCCAACCGUUAAACUCAAAUGAAGACAAAACAAAAGAAGCUAUCGGAUGCGAGACAGAGUCUAAAAGAAGAACUCAGCAAACUUUGGAACAAUAG